AUGAACACUAUUACAGAAUUAACAGAAAAGCACUCAAGAGCCUCGGAACUGCACUUGGCAGCUGAAACUCGCGUCUCAGAAGCAGAAACACAAUUGAAAGAAGCCAUUCAAAAAUUAUCCCAUAAAGAUUCUGAAGCCAAAGAAUUAAACGAGAAGCUAAAUGAUCUUGAAGGCCAGACAAAAUUGUAUUCCGUGCAGGCUCAUGAAGUUUCAACACUAGCUGAAACACGGAAGAUUGAGCUAGAACAAACUCUCUCCAAACUGAAGGAUCUGGAAAGCAUCAUUGAAGAACUUCAGAGCAAGUCUGGUAAAUUUGAAAAAGAGAGUGAAGGGUUAGCGGAAGCAAAUUUGAAGAUUACUCAGCAACUGGCCUCAUAUGAGUCUAAACUGAAUGAUGCUGAAACAAAACUUUCUGCAGCAUUUGCCGAGAAGGAUGAAGCAGUAGAACAGGUUCACUCUUCAAAGAAAACAAUAGAAGAUUUGACACUGCAGCUUGCUUCUGAAGCGCAGAUGUUACAAGCACAGAUAUCAACGGUUAUGGAAGAGAAUAACCUGCUCAAUGAAACAUAUAAAAAUGCCACGAAGGAACUUCAGACUGUAAUACUUCAACUUGAAGGACAACUGAAAGAACAGAAAUCAAGUGAAGAUGCUUUGAAAGCUGAGUUGGAAAUUCUGAAGGCUGAGAUCGGUGAGAAGUCAGUGUUGCAAAAUCGUUUGAAGGAGCUUGAAGAACAAUUAUCCAUAGCCAAGGCUCGAGUGAAAGAAGAGGUUGAAAGUGUUCGGGUAGCCGCAACUGCAAGAGAAACAGAAUUGACUUCAAAAUUGGAGGAUCAUGUGAGUCAAGUCCGUGAUAGAGAUAUGUUAAGCGAGCAAGUGUUGCAACUUCAGAGAGACCUACAUCAAGCCCAAACCAACAUGGCCGAACAGAAAGAGGCAGAUUCUAAGAAGGAUUCAGAAAGAAAAGCUGCUUUAGCGGAAAUUGAAGCUAAGAGCAAAGCGGCCCUAAUUCUAGAACAGCAAGUUAAGGAGCUUGAACAAAAAUUGCAGCUGGCUGCUAAAUCAAAAGAGAAGGAUCUGGGAAGCAAUCUGACUGAACUAAGGGAUGACAUCGAGGUGAAAUCUAGGGACAUUGGGUCAACCAUUUCGACUCCAUCAAAAAGGAGGAGUAAGAAAAAGGCGGAAGUGACUUCCGCUCAAACCUCAUCCUCCACAGUGACUAACAAUCAAAUCACUGGGGAUUCUCCGACAAUGACCUAUAAGUUCAUACUAGUUGUGGCAAUUGUGUCAGUGAUCAUCGGCGUAAUUCUUGGAAAAAGAUACUAG